AUGCAAGAAGGAGGCGAUCAGGAGCUCAAUGAGCUUGAUGGGCGGCAUUUGUUGCGCCGAACUGGUUUGGCAACCAUCACACCUGUGGAAGCUGACGUGGCUUUGGGCCUUGAAGGCCCAGCCGAGCUCACUGAUGACAGCAGUGAUGAGGAGUUGUUGCAGAGAGAUUUCGAAACCGUGGAGCACUUUAUCCAGUCCUUUGCGGCCGCCACUGUGAAACAAAAGCAGGCAGGGCUUCGCAUCCCAGGCCGCGAAGCAGUUCGUCUGAGCAUGACCAUGAAAGCGCCUCCUAUACUUUUUUCAAAGGACUCAAGACGGGCCAAAGGUCCAAGUCCCAGCAGCAAAUCAGCAUCAAGAAAGAAGCAAGGCCCUUCAAAAUCAUUCUCCCGCGACGGUCAAGAGGAUGCGGUCAGCCCAGGGUUUUUGGCUGACCCACUUGUGAGGAAGUUGCAACGCGAGACUGCGGCUCACCGAUCCAUGACGGGCCAUUCGCCGAAGUCUUCCAGGCGUGAAAUGUCAACCUCAACAACCAGAGAGCCUGGCGACCCUGAAGGACUUCAGGAAGAUUCUUUCAUGGCCUUGUCAUCAGUGCAGUCCACAGAAAAGUACAGUUACCUGAGCCAAAGAGCGAUUUCAGAAGCUGUACGGGAUGAUCCGCGGGCAAGGCGAAGCCAGAAAGGCGCGGUUCUGCCCAAAUUGGUAGCUGUGAGGAUGGACGGGCCAGGUGAUGCAGAGGCCUCGCAGUACGCGGACAAGGGGCGCAAGGGGGCGCUGUCUGCGGCAAUGGCACAAGCUGCGCGGAUGCAGCCUGGGAAGGCAUCGUCAAGGCCAAAUUCAAAGCAGGAAGUACGAGUUCGGCUUGAGGCGAAGAAGAUUGAUGCGCCAGAUUCAAUGAGCUUGGAUGACUAUGUGGGACUUUCACAAGAUGGAUCGGCGGUACGCUUCCUUCAGGAGGCCGCUCCGGAAGAAGAAGCGCUUGGAUUGAGCGUGCCCCAGAUUCGAGCACAGCCUGCAGGCAGGAGUGCCGGCGAUGCUUCAGACCCCCCCUCUCCUUCCUCAGGCUGGAGCCAUGGUCAUCAAAGCGAGGUGGCAGCACGAUCUUCAAGAACCGCAGGUUCAGUUCUAACCACGCGCCCCAGAGAGUGCAAGCCCAUGCUCUCGGCGAGGGCAAAGAAGUAUUUCAAUGGUGCCUCUUUGCGCUAA